UCUCUAUGUACCAGCUACGCUUUUCCCUGAGAAAGAAGAUUCGCCAGAUUCUGGAAGAAUUUGCUGAUCUUGCUUGUUCAGAGGACUGCACAGUGAUAGAAGGACCUAUUCUGGACUGCUGGACAUGUCUGCGUAUCACCACACAGUGUUUUGAUGGAGAAGUCUGUGGAGUGGAAGACAAACGUCUGGCAGAAUACAAUGAAAUUGUUCUUUAUGUGUUCCUUGUUUGCGAGUCAGUGAUAACCACCUCAAUCAUACUUGUGUACAUGGUGUGUUUCAAGUACAGGAAGCGCAUGCUGCUAAAAUCUUUGGGCUAUUAAUUGCCUAUAUAGGCCAGAAGGCCAUUUCAGCGACUUUUCUUCGUUCAAAGUAUUCUUGAUCUUCAUUCUUGACAAGCUUGAAUAAAAGAAAUCCAUUUGUAGGGA